AUGAUCAUAAUCGAUCUCCUAAACAAAUACGAUCACACUCUGCCUCACCACACACUAAAAGAGAACGUAAAAUACAUCAUAGACAACAGAAAAGACGUUCUGUACCCGUACAUUUACAUCAAUCUGCUGGAGUACAGGAGGUUGUAUGGAUCUGAGGAGUAUAUGCGAAUGGUUGGAGAUGUACGGCAGUUUGAGUGUAAGUGUGAGAUUGGAGUGCGGAUUGUUGAGGUGGUGGGCGAUCUUGUCGGUGGGAGGGGAUGGGACAAUGUUGAGAUGAGGAUGCUUACACGGUUUGGUGGGUGGGGUGGUGUAAAUGGAGAGACAAGGAAUGGAGAGACAAGGAGUGGAGAGGCAGGGAGUGGAGAGACAAGGAGUGGAGAGACAAGGAGUGGAGAGGCAAGGAGUGGAGAGACAAGGAGUGGAGAGGCAAGGAGUGGAGAGGCAAGGAAUGGAGAGACAAGGAAUGGAGAGGCAAGGAAUGGAGAGGCAAGGAAUGGAGAGGCAAGGAAUGGAGAGGCAAGGAGUGGAGAGGCAAGGAGUGGAGAGAAAGAAGUGCAAUGUGAUGGAACAGCAUACGAUGGCAAUCGCGUGAUGUGUGAAGAAACGCUGCGCUGUGAUGGAGCAAAAGACGAAUUAAAAGGUGAGGAAGUAAAACAUGCGGUGUUUGAUGAGGUGCACCAACCAAGCGAUAGCAACGCAGCACUCCAUGCAGUAGAAAGUAAAGCACUCCAUGAAACGAAGCACAACAGCAAUGCCGAGCAAAAGCAGCACACCGAGGAGAAAAUCAACGUGCAGACCAGCGAUACAUACGAACACAUUCUCACAGACGUGCUCCUCUCCCUUCCACCGCUUAUCAAGCCAUUGAUACACCACAUUCCCAAAAGAUCGGUAGAAAUUUUGAUUCAUCUGGGCAUGCGCACCAAGUACGACGUGUUUGAGGAUUUGAUCGAUUUUUUUAAGAACAGGGAUGAUUUUAUGCUUGAGCUUGAGUAUGUGAGAGCGAAGGUGCUGUAUGAGAUGGGCGUGAGGAACUGUGCGAGGAAGUGUGCGAUGGGACAGAUUGUGUUUAAUGAGCGGGAGGGGGUAGAUGAGGAUGAUGUGUGUGGGUGUGUUGUGGGGAGGAGAUGGGAAGAGAGUGGGACAAGGGAUGGUGAAGAGAAGGCACGUUUUGUUGCACGGGAUGGUAGUGAGGAACGUAAUGAUGGGGGGCACACCCUGGCACAAGACCGUAUUAAUGGCGGUGAGGACGGGAACAGUGAUAUGAAUGGGGGUGCUGAUAGGAACGGUACGAAUAGGUGCACUAGCCCUGAUCAUGCCACUAACCCUACAAACAUCACCGUACCUGGUAAAACGUGCGCUAGCAAAUGCCUGUCCGCAGAUCCUUCCUACGAAUGCUCGUCUAUCACCACACAUACAACACGCCCCACCAGCAACUUCCUCUACAAAACAGCAUGCAAGGAAUGUGCGCUGUACCAGAGCACACAAAACUUCCUCAAACUGCUCAAAAACUUUGAGGACCCUGACAAUAUGCCUUUCCUCAUAGACAAGGCUGCAUCGUACCUAUCGUACUUUUACGACCGGUCCCUGCUGCAUCUCUUCAUACAAACGCUCACCACAACCGAUCUAACCGUGCACUGCCUGUCGUACCUGCCCAGGAUAUACAACCGAGCGUAUGACGGCGAGGUGUGUGCCCUGCUCGAGAAGUACAUGAACAGAAUGAAUGUUGAUGAUUUUUGCGAGGUGCUGAACGUUUUGGAUGCGGUACCACGGUCGGUUUACCGGUUCUACGUGUGCAACGCGGAUGUGAGAGGAUAUUGCAGGGUGCUGAGGGAGUACCGGUGUAUGGAGAUGGUGGACGUGUUGGUGAGCAUGGUGGAGGGAAGGAACGAGGGGGUGAGGAUCGGUGUGGCCAAGAGGAUACGGCGUAUAUGCGCGCUGCUGACCGGUGAUGAUGCGUAUUUGCUCGGAGGUACGGGGGUCGGUAGUUGUGAGGUAAGUAAUUGCGGUAUGGAGAGGAGCACGGCAGGUGGGGUAGAACCGGUAAAUGUGGCAGAUGAUGGCAAUGUUAACGGCACAAAUACGGCAAAUAGCACAAAUCAAAAGGGUAACGAGCAGAGCGGCGCACACCCCUGUGAUGCACACCCCUGUGAUACACACGACACGGUGAUAAACAAGGAAGAGAGCAAAAUUGAUUUUAAGGAACUAACGAUGGACCUGUCCCUCAUAAAAGACAAAAACACCAAAACACGUGAUGGUACGGACGUGCACCAGGCACUAAAACACGUUAUCUACCUGCUCAGCAAGGAUGAUAACAAAGUGCGUGUGCACCUCGUGCACAACAUAACGGUGCUGAGCACCUUUGGUGAGGAGUACGUGCACGAGGUGCUUGCAAACCUUCUUAGAAAUAUGGACGAUAAGAACUGGCGGUACAGGGUUGCGUUGAUUGAUGGGCUGCGGUUGAUUGGGGAUGCUGCACGGUAUGCACCGUAUUUUGAGGAUGAUGAUGUUUAUUUUGUGAGGAAGUACUUUGGGAUGGUGGUUAGGAACGGGUGAUGGUGUUUUGAAUGUAACAAAGCAUAAAUGGUGAUUAGAAUAUUUUAUGAUACGAGGAGGGUUAGAAGAGGGUGAGGGGGAGAGAAUAAGGAGAGGAUGAGGGGGAGAGAAGAGAGGGAGAGAAGAGGGGGAGAAUAAGGAGAGAAUACAUAUG